CUAUGAUAUAUAAAAUGAAAUGAAUACUGGCAACGUCGUUGUAUGCCGCUAAUAUCAAAACAAAUUUAUUGAAAUCCUAAGAAAAAUGCGGCGUAGCUUGGCUCCUAGCCAAAAUCGAUCUGUAAAACUGCGUCCAAGUUGCGAUUUUACGCCGCCUCUUCAAAAUAAAAGAAUUCGUAGUUGUCAAGAGCAGCUUGAUCGAAAACAAAAACAAAUUAAACGCAUAGUACCAUUAAGUGAAUAUGAGCUCGCUAUUGCCAAAGUACUUUCACGUCCAUUUAAAGUUCCAAUUGCGGAUUAUGUGCCAGAUUACAAUGGAGGUAACCGGUGUCUUGGAAUGCGACGUAGCAAUGUACGAAAAGCAUUACAUGACCCACAAGCAUGUAAUGCUUUAGUCCUGUAUACACCUCCAAAUUAUACAGAACAUGAACGUCUCACAAUGGAUUCGAACAAAAUACAGGUACAUGUGGUUGUCGAUCCCYUAUUAAGCAAUAUUMUGAGGCCACAUCAACGUGAGGGAGUACGGUUUAUGUAUGAAUGUGUAGAAGGCCAUCGAGGGACAUUCAAUGGUUGUAUAAUGGCUGAUGAAAUGGGAUUGGGCAAGACCUUACAAUGCGUUACGUUGGUUUGGACAUUACUGCGUCAGGGUCCAUAUUGUAAACCUACUAUUUCUAAGGCUAUCGUUGUAUCUCCGUCCUCAUUGGUGAAAAAUUGGGAAAAAGAGUUUAAUAAAUGGUUACACGGACGCUUGCAUUGCCUUGCCAUUGAAGGCGGUUCAAAAGAAGAUACCAUACGUGCUCUAGAACAAUUCAUAGUUGAUAGCGGUCAACGUUGUGGUACACCAAUACUUUUGAUAAGUUAUGAGACGUUUCGAAUAUACGCCAAUAUACUUUGUAAAAACGAAAUGGGCAUGGUUAUCUGUGAUGAAGGUCACCGUUUGAAGAAUAGUGACAAUUUGACAUAUCACGCGCUAAUGGGAUUAAAGACGAAACGGCGUGUUUUGCUCUCAGGAACGCCAAUACAAAACGACCUUACAGAAUAUUUUAGUUUAGUAAAUUUUGUAAAUCCCGAAAUGUUGGGCUCAACUGCCGAUUUCAAACGGAAUUUCGAAAAUCCUAUAUUACGUGGUCAAAAUGCAGACUCCACAGAUAAAGAGCGUGAACGAGCUGUAGAGAAAACACAAGAACUAGUUCGCCUGGUGAAUACAUGUAUUAUACGACGCACCAAUCAGAUACUCACAAAAUAUUUACCAGUUAAAUUUGAAAUGGUAAUCUGUGCUAAACUAAGUGAUAUACAAAUGUAUUUGUAUAGAAAUUUUAUUAAGUCUGAUAAAAUCAGAAGAAACUUAGCCGAUUGCAAAGAAAAGGCUUCAUUGACUGCGCUCGCUGAUAUUACCACGCUGAAGAAACUAUGCAGUCAUCCGGAUCUUAUUUAUGAAAAGGUUGUGGCACGAGAAAAUGGAUUUGAAAACUCACAUGAUUUKUUCCCCUCAAAUUAUAAUCCCAAAGAUUUCAGUCCUGAAAUGAGUGGCAAGUUUAUGCUGCUUGACUUUAUGUUAGCUUCAAUACGGGCAAAUAGUGAUGACAAAGUGGUGCUUAUAUCGAAUUAUACGCAAACGUUGGAAUUAUUUGAGAAACUUGCACGAAAAAGAAAAUACAGUUAUGUCCGGCUCGAUGGUUCUAUGACAAUAAAGAAGCGUAGCAAGGUAGUGGAUAAAUUUAAUGAUCCUGAAUCCGACUGUUUUCUCUUCAUGUUGAGUUCGAAAGCUGGUGGUUGUGGUUUAAAUUUAAUUGGAGCUAAUCGUCUUUUCAUGUUCGAUCCCGAUUGGAACCCCGCAAACGAUGAGCAGGCAAUGGCUCGGGUUUGGCGUGAUGGUCAAAAAAAGCCAUGCUAUAUAUAUCGUUUGGUAGCCACGGGCUCGAUUGAAGAGAAAAUUUUGCAACGUCAGACUCAUAAAAAAUCAUUAUCGAGCACAAUAAUUGAUAAUAAUGAAAGCAAUGAGAAACAUUUCACACGUGAAGAUCUUAAAGAUCUUUUCCGUUACGAUGCUGAUAUCUUGUCCGAUACUCAUAUUAAGUUAAAGUGUAAACGUUGUGUUAAUAAUAUACAAAUGCAACCGCCCCCUGAAGAUAGCGACUGCACUGUACAUUUAUCACACUGGUAUCACUGUUCCAACAACAAAGGGCUGCCGGACACCAUUUUAGCCCAGGCAUGGCUGUCGAGUAAAUGCGUCUCCUUUGUCUUCCAUCACCGGUCGCAAAGAGAGGUAAAAGUAAACGAGUGCUUGGAUAAGGAAAAUAUAUCUGGUCAUUGCAAUAGUGCCAAAAAUAAUAGAAAUCAUAAUGAGUGCGAGAAUAUUGAUUCUGAUUAUGAACCGGAUGACCAAGCUGAUAGUGAUUAUGCGUAACCUUAGUUUAAAUCUGAAAUUUGGAAGCGAAAAUCUAUGURUAUAAUUUUUUCAAUUAACUUCUUCACCAACUAUAAUAUGUGACUUCACUUUUCUUCUGAUUUCGUAUAUCAUUGUGGUUGGUGCAUCGUUGAACGGAAUCUGCAGCAACAAAAGAGUAUUUGACGAAAAUGAGCGACAAAAGAGUCCGCAUGUAACGUAAUCUAAUGCUGUGAACCAAUAAAGUGGAUGAUAUAUUGAAAAUUCAAAUUUGUGACAAUCUUAUCGCACAUAAUUUAGUAUCCCGAAACGGAGUAGUUUUCAAUCUUGUUUGGUUUAUGUAUAUAUAUUUAAAAAUCAGAAAUUAAUUAGCUUAUAAGGUACAUAAAUAGUACUAUUGUAACUGUAAAUAUGUUUUUACUACCCUAAAAAUACUUUUAAGU